AUGAACUCCAAAAAGAAUAAUUUCAAUAAAGUCGGCAGACAAACGGCGAACCCCAAUUUGGGGAGGAAAAAUAAUUCCUAUAAGGAAAGCACCUACGGACAGACAAACGGAGGAAAGGUUUUCAAAUUCAUGAGUGAUUUGAAAUAUAAUGGCUACGGCAAGAAACUGGAUGGAACUCAUUCUGACAAGAGCUCCAACACUAGUCGGAAUGGAAAAGCGUACGGAGUAAGUAGCAAAAGAAGAAGCAAACAACGGCAGCAGCAGGUAGAAGAGGAGGAAGAGGAGGAGGAAGAAGAAGAAGAGGAAGAUGACGAAGAGGAGGAAGACGAUGAUGAAGAGGACGAAGACGAUGAUGAAGAGGAGGAGGAAGACGAAGAGGACGACGAUGAUGAGGAGGAGGACGAAGCGGAUUACGAUGAUGGAAUAGAAACGUCCAGUAUUAAAAAUAAAGUCAAUCUAAAAAAUUAUAACUCCGAUUACUACGACAUUUACUCCAACAUAUACUCCUAUUAUGAUAUUUUUACUGAAGAUAAAAAUGAAAAAAAAAAGUAUAAGUAUUUUAAGGACGUUUUUUCCAAUUUCGAUCACAAGUAUGAAAAUAAGGAAUAUAACUACGGGGUAGACUUGAGCAAAAAGCUGCAAGAAAAACACAUCCCGAUUAUCCAUCCGAACAAAAAAGGAAACCAUUUUGAUAAACCGUAUACUAAAGAGGGCAAGAGAAAUGCCUCCCCCCUCAUUCCCAACCUCCCCGCUGCAGAAAAUAGCAAUUCGAACAGCGCGGGGGGAAGUGGUAAACUCGGUAGUAACAUCAACACUGCGUUUUUGAGCAACAGUGUUUUCCAAAAUGGUGAUGGCAGAGACCCCCGAGGCGAUAAGGAUAAUCUGGGCAAUAGAGACAGAAACGAUAACAAUGAAAGCACUCAUGUCGCCGCCGCGAUGAAUGGCUUGCGCAAUGAGUUCUAUGUGGGAAGUGGCUCCCUGAGGGCGAAGCGGAACAACUUGAAAAAGGGCGAGCCGAACAAAGACUCCAUGAUCAAAAGUAACAAGAAGAAACUCGUCCCCUUGAAAAAGAAAAAGAAAAAAAAAAGCACCAGCGAAGAUGUCAGCGUGAACGAUAGGGAGAAUUUGAGCGCGCACGUCAACACGAACCAGAAUACUAACCCGAUUUCUGCUGCGAAUGCUGCAGUGAAUGCCGCCCUGAAUGCCGCCCUGAAUGCCGCCGCGAAUGCCGCCGCGAGUGCCGCCACGAGUGCUGCCGCGAGUGCUGGCCCAAACGUGACUGAAUUUAAAAAGAACCUCGGCGAUCCGAAAAACGGCGCUGAGGACAUCUACGGCAACCACGACUUUUCCGACCUGAGGGGAAGCGCGAACGCGAGCAGGGAAAAGGCGAAGAAGAAGUUUAGCCACCCUGCGGAGGAGGUCGCCAGUAUUGCUAGGAUGUCAAAGGGGAGAAGCAGAAAGCCCAACCUGUUUGACAACCAGGAAAACAGCGAACUGAGCAGCGCCACUGUUUACGCGAAGUAUGCGAAGUAUGGGAAGUACGCGAAGUAUGAGAAGGAUGCGAACCCGGUGAAGGAGAGGACCAAGUCGCACCUGGGCACCGCGAGUGGCGCCCCCCACCGGAAAGGCAGCCUCGGCAAUGUCAGCAACGAGAGUAACGUCAGUGAUGUAAGCAACCUGAGCAACCCGAGCAACAUCAGCCUGGACAGCUCGUGCUCCAUCGAGCUGGACGAUCCCCUGGAGGAGGGAAAAGUGCCGGAUGUGAAAAAAGAAGGAAGUAUGAAAUUUUUAAAAAAUCCAACCAAGAAGCGAAUGAACAAGCUGAAAAAAAUCGUAGAAAUAUUAGAAUAUUCCAUCUAUAAUGAAGAAAAGAAAGGAUCUAAAUUGGAAUCAAAACUGUACGACUAUGUACUCCUAACGAGGAACCUCAAACAAGAAAUUGCAAACUUAGAAGAACUUAACAACAGCAAUAAAAGCAAAAUGGCUAGCUAUGAAAAGGAUAUAACCAAGCUGAAGGAACAAAACGAAGAAAUGAAACUGACCCUUUCCACAUUCGAAAAUGAGCUAAGCAGUUUAAUAAACAAAUUUGAUAAAAACUUUGCCAAAGAAUUGAUCGACACCAAGACACAGAACGAUGUGCUGAAGAAGGAAGUCGAGAAACUCAAAAUGGAGAUCGAAAAAAAAAACCACGAAAUUAAGAAGAUUGAAAAUUGGAAUGACUUUUCGAAGAAGCUAAAUGCGGAGAAUGUAAUAAUGCAGGGAGGGGCAGGAGUAGUACCCUCCUCUGUUCACACAUCGGGGGUCAUCAGUACAACAAAUGGCCCAUUGAAUAAUGUCAACGUGACCCAUGGGGUUGUUACCUCGAUCAGUGCACCAACUAGUGGUAACAGAAUCCCCGCGCUGAGUGAUAAAAAUGAACAGGGAGGAGAUCCCGCAGGAAACAUCCUGGAGAAGAACCUCAAAGAACAAAUCAUCACGUCGUAUGAGUUCCCUUAUUACUAUGGUAGUAGCGAAGAAAUUGAACCAUCUGUGGUUGACGAUUUAAUAUUAAAAAUGAAAACAAUCAGAAUCGUGUAUGAGAAAAAUAUCGAAAGGUAUGAUGAUGAGACGAAGGCGACGAUUUACGGCUGCUACAUCUCAAACUUUAUUUUAGAAAAUAAAGACAUAUGCAAUCACAGGAAGGUGUUGAAGCACUUGCAGGAGUAUUGCGUAGUGGAGUCGAAAAUGCUUAAUGUGCAUUUGUGCCUACGAAAGGAAAGGUGCGACAAUGUGCCCCUGAAAGAAUUGGAGAAGGAAGUCAUUAGACAGUUGGAAAAUCCAGACUCGGACAAAAACAAAGAAAAGGUAGCCCUCAUCAACUCGAUUAUGUUAACCCUUCUGUUUAAAAAUAUGCACAUAUAUAAUUUAUAUCGUCUCUUCGUGACUUGCUUAAAGUGUGAUAAUUUUAGAUGGAUACGUUUGAUGAAGAAGUCUCUUUUUUUGAAAUUUUUCGACUUGUGCUUGGUCGACUCGAAUGUGAAGGGGAACAUCGGCCUCCCAAAUGUGAAGGAGGCGAGGCUGAUCCACGUCCCCCCUGCAGAAGCAGUGGUCGACCCGCAGGAGCGCCUACCCGUAGAGAACUUCCAUCAAGUACAGUACAACAUCAAACACCCCAUGUUCUACUGCUCCAACGAAACAUUGAAGAGACUAAUCUCGAGCAUGUUCCUCAAUUUUGCCAAAGAUCCAAUCAACCCACAAAACUGUGACAACAUAUAUCACUAUGUGCUACAGAAGAAGAACUUCGAUCUGCUCAAAUUGUUGAAAUUGUCAGGCAAAAAUUACAACUACAUAUUUAACAAAAAUGGAGAAAAUAAAACUCCACUAGACUAUCUAGAUAAUGAAGACAUCAAAAUUGACCUCAUUUCUGGGUACAUCCUAGACAUAGCAGGAAAAGGAGCAGAUAAUUACAAAAACGCAAAGUACGAAGCAGCCUUCGAGCUGUACAGUGAAGCGCUGGAGAAACAAAUAAAGCUUUCAGAAUCUGUAAGGAUGGGUAAAUCAAUGAAUGAAAAUAUAGGGAAGCUUUACUACAACAGAGCUAGGACAUUAAUGCAUCUAAACAAAUGGAUAGACGUUAUAGAAAAUUGCAACAACUGCUUGAAAUACAUUCCAAAAUAUAUUAACGCUUUCGAUACGCAAAUACACGCGUACGAAAAUUUGCUAGAAUAUGAAAAUGCCCUCCUGACGUAUAAAAAUAUGUGUAUGAAAUGUAAUAUCAAACCGGAUGAUAAGGAAGAUAAACUGAAGUCACAGAUAAAUGCCACGUCUUUUCAAAUUUUAAAUGUCAAUAGGAAUUGCUCCGUCUCAGAAAUCAAGCAGGCCUUCUCCAACUUAUCCAAGAAGUGGCACCCUGACAAACUUGGCAUCAACAGUAGUCCAGAUAUUAAAAAAAGGCACAAUAAUCACUUUAAGCGACUAUUUAAGGCCAAGCAACUCCUCCUGAAUGAUGCGGAAAGGCUAAAGGAGAAGAAGAAAAAAGAGACCAACUAUGUGUAUCCUCAAAUUAUCGAAGAUGUGAACAACCACCAACUGGGUAAUAACAGAACCGGCUCGCAUAACAGACAGAAGGCAGUCACCCCAGGUGAUAGCGUAAACGCGUCAUCUCAGCAGAGAGAUGGUAAUAACGUUCCCACCACUGCCAGCAACACGAAUGACAACAGUGGUAGUACCCCUCAUAAGGAUGACCUAGGAGGCAAUAAUGCAGGGGACCCCCCCGUUAACACCAACGCUGGCACAUUUAACUCCACCACUCAGUCCACCGCGCAGCCUACCGCGCAGACCUCCACCUUUGCCAACGAGGCCAAGAACACCUUCUAUCACACGUACAAAGACGACAUUGAUAAAUUUCAGGAGAAAUUAAAAAACUUCAAUAAAGGAUUGAACAACGAAUCGGACAGCAACAAAAAUGCCAACCCCUUCCUCAACCUCUUCGAUGGGAAACUCUCCAAUCUGAAUAACGAAAAAGUGGAUGAAAAUUUUUACAAAAAAUUGAAAGAGGAGUAUGAAGGACUCUCCGAUGAUGAGAUCAACAAUUUUAAAACAAAAAUUUCCAACUCGAUUAACAACCUAAUACAGACGGAACUUAACUUAAAGAGAGAGUACCAGGAGCUCUGCAUAAAGGAAAAAACAAAUGUCAUUAUGAAUGCCCGCCUCUGCAUUUUACAAGAGAUACAGAAGGCGUUGUGUGUGCGAUUGGACAAAGAGAGGAAGCUCAAAGUGGUGGAGAGCAUAAUUAAGGGAAGAACUGAGGAACGAUCGGUUAACUGGGCCAAGGCAAAUGGGGGUGGGGGGGCUACCACAGAGGAGAUCCCUCAUGAAGGAGAAAGGGAUGCCCCUCGAACUGCCAAAAGCGCAGGGUAUGAAGCUGAUCCCCAAGGGGAAGACGAAAAGGAAAAGGAUUAUCUCCAAAAAAACGCAUCAAAGUUUGCAAAGGGCGCAUCCGAAUCAGAGGGCAAAUGGGAAAACUCCAGAAGAAAAAGCAACGCCGAUAAUGGUGGCCGAUUUUUAGAAGACACGUCAUUUUUUCAAGAUGCGCAGAACAACAAAGGGGAUACCGGACUCAGGUCAGCGGAGCGAAAGAAGCAACGCCUCGAAGGAAGUGAUGAACAUGGUGUAGAAGCAGAUCAUUCCUUGGAUGGUAGUAACGAUGACGAGUAUGACGGUGGCUCCCUUGAACAACGUGCCAGUAAGCGAAACGGAGACCAACUAGAACACGCAAAAAACGCGCAGCAGGAAGCGGCGGAAGACAAAAUGCACGAAGGUGCCGCCAAGGAGUUGUUCUACAAUGACGACAGGGGAUACUUCGAGGAUAGCCAAAAAAAUAAAAACACUCCAAGCGGAAGCAGCAACGAUUGUGCAGGGGGCGACAAUGCCGAUAACAAAAGUAGGAGAAAAAAAAAACGCAGAUUUUAAAUGGCCUCAGAGAACAACGACCAUGAGAACUUCAUAUUUUGGGAUGAAAAGGGGAACGCCCAUCACGAGGGGAAGGGGACUUCACACAUCUUCGAGGCUGCCGAUAUAUUCCAAGGGAAAAAUCAGGGGAAAAAUGAAGGAAAAAAUGAAGGAAAAAAUGGAGGAAAAAAUGCAGGAAAAAAUGAAGGAAAAAAUGAAGGAAAAAAUGACGGCAAUAACUUCUUCGACAGCGUCAGUAUUAAUCAGCCGAGUCAGGCCAACCAACCAUUUAGACACUCAAACGAACUACCGGGGGAGAGCAACUCCAUGGGAGAAUAUGAUAAGAGUUUCACAGGUGAAAGAUUAGAAGAAAACAAUUUUUUUUUCUUAAGUAAGGGCAACAAAGGGAAGAACAGCCUGAACAAUGCACUGGGGUCGUUUUACGAUGGGAAUACUGAACAGCCAAAUGGGAAUAAUGAGCACGACAAUUUUGCCAGGAAGGAAGAAGGGGAGCCGGCUCAAGAAGACGGAGAAGAAGGGGAAGACGAAGUAGAAAGUAAUGGGGCAAUGACCAGCAAUCACCAUUUCGCAAAAUCGAUGAGUGAAAGGGGACCUUUUGAUUUCCCCCACGGCGGCAAUUACGAUUACGAAUUGGAAAGUCGCGCCGGUGAUGGGGGUGUCGCGGGCGAGAGUAGGCAUGCCGGGGCGCUGCACGCCGAAGGGGGAGAAGCCCCAAAUGCCGGCUCGGGGAACAGCGCGAAUGCCAACUCUCACAAAGUGAAUUUCCCGAACGAGCAGGAUGAGUACAACUACCUUAGGGGAAGAAUGAAGGAUAUCAUUGGCACCCCAAAUGGGACCCCUGGAAAUGUGAAGGUCCCCCAGAACGGUAGCAACAGCUGCGAUGGCAGCGCGCAAAGUGACGGAGAGGAGGACACCCAGCACGGCGUUGGGACGACGACAAAUAACGGCAUGACAGAUAAGGGCAUGCCAAAUAGCGUCGUGCCUGAUAGCGCCUCGCAGUAUAAUAACAAUUUCCACGUGGACCGCUCCAAUGAUAACCACAGCGAUGAUAGCUACCUUAGAAAUGACUCCUACGAAACGAAGAAUCAGCGUCAUAUACACCGUGUAGGUAAAAAGCAGCCCCCCAAAAAAGUAGCAGAUCAUAAAGAACAAGACCAUAACAUAAACGGUGAAGAAGGUGACCCAAUUAACUACUCCAGCAGCUUGAAGAAGGAGGAACAAUUCGCACCAAUGCGAUUCCCCGGUAGCAACAGCUACGUGAACAAGGGAGUAGAUCAAAAUAUGUUUAACCUACUUAACAUGGACGUCAACCUAGCAGGAAGUAGCUCCUCAGGAAAUUUGAAUUCGACUUACGCAGAGAAAUUUAUGAAGAAAAAUUUAAUGUACUCCAAUGACGUCGUGGACAGAGAGAGGAGGCGAAGUAGCUUCAAGCAGCAGGCAGGCACAAAGUAUGCCAGCGAUGGGGAAGAAGUAGGAAACGCCGAACAUUUUUACGGGCUCUAUAAUGAUAGCAUUGGGGGUCAUAGCGGUGGGGGAAUUAGCGGCAGACAGGGAAGCGGUGCCAAUAGCGGGAGUGUGGGCAGUAACGGAAGUGGCGGCCACCAACACCCGCAGGACCCACCCACAAAUGGAAGAAAAAAUGGAGACCGGAACUCAACCGCAAGAAGGGACAGCAACCACGCCGAAUCUUUUGCCAAUUUAAGCAGCAGUCAGUAUGACCAGGAAGUAGAAACACAACACCAGACGCCACUUCGCCUAUCGCAGCAGGGAUACAAAAAUGCAGAAGGGGGAACCUUUUAUAACAGCCCCAACAGCGAUGCCCACUACGCAAACGAACGGUACGAAGAAAAUUAUCAACACGAACAGGGACACAACAGUUACUACGCACCCGAUGAGGAAGACACACCAAAUGGUCCAAACAAUGAAGACGAUAAAAAUUUCUUCCAAACAGAUAUUAACACAAAUCAAAGUAAUACCAAUCAUCUGUACGAGAAUGACAUGAACAGUCCAUUCCCUGAACAGAUACACUCCAAACAAGAUAGCUUCCUCUACGAUGACAAUAAUUUUCGGAACAGUAGUUCCAACUUUUAUGGAAAUCACCUGAACAAGUCAUACAAUUAUGAAAAUAUAAAAAUGAGAAAUUCACUUAUGUACAUAAAUGAAAAUGAAGAAAAAAAUAAAAAUGUGAAGAAAAUAUUUUCGAAUGAUUUAAAUUCCAUUUCGUUGGAUAAAGAAUUUAAUCAGAAGAAUAAAUUCUCAUUCAAUCAGAAAGUGGAGAAACACAAAGUCAAAAAUGGCAAAGGCAAAGUUCCCAGUGAGGAAAAUAAUUAUAUCAAAUUGAAGAAGUCCUCCUUAGAUAAGAUAAGCCCCAAAGUUGAUGCGAGUAAAGCCAGACCCUUUGUCUUAGCGACGGGGGUGACGAUGGGUACUGCCGCUGCCCCAGUCGCUACCCAGGCAGCUACCCCCGCUGCUGCACCUGUCGAAGGUUCUCUACCGAAAAAAAUUUUUAAAAAAAACGUCAACGCAGAUGACAAGCACAAGGCUGCCGAUCAGAUGAAACGGGGGAAGGGAAAGGCCAAGGACAGCGGCGUCGCGAACGGCAGUAGGCAGAACAAGUGA